AAGUCAACUCCAUUACAUUUGGCUGCAGGCUACAACAGAGUUCGGAUCGUUCAGCUUUUGCUUCAGCACGGGGCUGAUGUCCAUGCAAAAGAUAAAGGUGGACUCGUGCCCCUCCACAACGCAUGUUCUUAUGGACAUUUCGAAGUUACAGAAUUGCUGUUGAAGCACGGAGCUUGUGUUAAUGCAAUGGAUCUCUGGCAGUUCACUCCCUUACACGAAGCCGCUUCCAAGAAUCGGGUGGAAGUUUGUUCCCUGUUACUCAGUCACGGUGCAGAUCCGACUUUAGUCAACUGUCACGGCAAGAGUGCUGUCGAUAUGGCCCCGACGCCUGAGCUCAGAGAGAGGCUCACGUAUGAAUUCAAAGGACAUUCGUUACUACAAGCAGCGAGAGAAGCCGACUUGGCCAAAGUAAAGAAGACACUCGCCUUGGAAGUCAUUAACUUCAAACAGCCGCAGUCCCACGAGACAGCACUGCAUUGCGCCGUGGCAUCUCUUCACCCCAAGCGGAAACAGGUCACGGAGCUCCUGCUUCGGAAAGGGGCCAACGUGAAUGAGAAAAACAAAGACUUCAUGACGCCUCUGCAUGUGGCUGCUGAACGAGCGCACAACGAUGUGAUGGAAGUUCUGCACAAGCAUGGAGCAAAGAUGAAUGCACUGGACACCCUGGGCCAAACAGCUUUGCACCGGGCUGCCAUGGCCGGGCACCUGCAAACCUGUCGCCUCCUGCUGAGUUUCGGCUCCGACCCCUCCAUCAUCUCCCUACAAGGUUUCACAGCAGCACAGAUGGGCAAUGAAGCCGUGCAGCAGAUACUCAACGAGAGCACGCCGGUGCACACAUCAGAUGUAGAUUAUCGACUCUUGGAGGCGUCAAAAGCCGGAGACUUGGAAACUGUGAAGCAACUUUGCAGCCCCCAAAAUGUGAACUGCAGAGACCUGGAGGGUCGUCAUUCAACUCCCCUGCAUUUUGCAGCAGGUUAUAACCGAGUAUCGGUCGUAGAGUACUUGCUGCAUCACGGAGCAGACGUGCACGCAAAGGAUAAAGGUGGCUUAGUUCCAUUGCAUAACGCCUGUUCAUAUGGACACUAUGAAGUGGCAGAGUUGCUGGUGAGACAUGGGGCUUCCGUCAACGUUGCAGAUCUGUGGAAGUUUACGCCUCUACAUGAAGCAGCAGCAAAGGGCAAAUAUGAGAUCUGCAAGCUUCUUUUAAAACACGGAGCAGAUCCGACAAAGAAGAACCGAGACGGCAACACCCCUCUUGACUUGGUGAAAGAGGGAGACUCCGAUAUCCAGGAUCUCCUACGAGGCGAUGCUGCCCUGCUGGACGCGGCCAAAAAAGGCUGCCUGGCCCGGGUUCAAAAGCUCUGCUCACCGGAAAACAUCAAUUGUCGAGACACUCAGGGGCGCAACUCCACUCCGCUGCAUCUUGCAGCUGGCUACAACAAUUUGGAAGUUGCUGAAUACCUUCUAGAGCACGGUGCAGAUGUCAAUGCUCAAGAUAAAGGAGGAUUAAUUCCGCUUCACAACGCAGCAUCUUAUGGGCACGUGGACAUAGCAGCUUUGCUGAUCAAAUACAACACCUGUGUGAAUGCUACGGAUAAAUGGGCGUUCACACCCCUGCACGAAGCAGCGCAAAAAGGGAGGACGCAGCUCUGUGCUCUGCUUCUGGCUCAUGGAGCCGACCCGACAAUGAAGAACCAAGAAGGCCAAACGCCUUUGGACCUCGCUACAGCAGAUGACAUUCGGGCCCUGUUGAUUGAUGCGAUGCCGCCAGACGCCUUGCCGACCUGCUUCAAACCUCAAGCAACUGUGGUCAGCGCCUCGAUCAUCUCCCCGGCAUCAACUCCUUCUUGCUUGUCUGCUGCCAGCAGCAUUGAUAACCUUGCCGGCCCUCUGGCGGACCUUGCUGUGGGAGGAGCAUCCAAUGCUGGGGAUGGAGCAGCAGGCACAGAGAGGAAAGAAGGAGAAGUUGUUGGUCUUGACAUGAACAUCAGCCAGUUCCUGAAAAGUCUGGGCCUGGAACAUCUUCGGGAUAUCUUUGAAACGGAGCAGAUUACGUUGGACGUGCUGGCUGACAUGGGACACGAGGAGUUGAAAGAGAUCGGUAUCAAUGCCUAUGGGCAUCGUCAUAAGUUAAUAAAAGGUGUGGAGAGACUUCUGGGGGGACAGCAAGGCUCCAAUCCUUACUUGACUUUUCACUGCGCCAGCCAGGGAACUAUCCUUAUAGAUCUGGCUCCUGAUGAUAAGGAGUAUCAGUCCGUGGAAGAAGAGAUGCAGAGUACUAUCAGGGAACACAGAGACGGUGGCAACGCUGGAGGGAUUUUCAACAGAUAUCACGUCAUCAGGAUUCAGAAGGUAGUGAAUAAGAAGCUAAGGGAGAGAUUCUGUCACCGGCAGAAAGAAGUGUCUGAAGAAAACCAUAACCAUCACAAUGAGCGCAUGCUAUUUCACGGGUCUCCUUUUAUUAAUGCCAUCAUUCACAAAGGAUUUGAUGAGAGGCACGCCUACAUCGGAGGGAUGUUUGGAGCUGGGAUCUACUUUGCAGAGAAUUCCUCCAAAAGCAACCAGUAUGUGUACGGAAUAGGGGGUGGCACCGGCUGCCCCACGCAUAAAGACAGAUCCUGCUACAUCUGCCACAGACAAAUGCUUUUUUGUCGUGUCACAUUGGGGAAAUCCUUCUUACAGUUUAGCACUAUGAAGAUGGCUCAUGCCCCUCCUGGGCACCACUCUGUGAUUGGUAGGCCGAGCGUAAAUGGACUGGCAUACGCGGAGUACGUCAUUUACAGAGGAGAGCAGGCUUACCCCGAGUAUUUGAUCACGUACCAAAUCGUUAAGCCGGACACUCCCUCGCAGACAGCGACGGCUGCGGAGCAGAAGACCUAGUAAAUGCUGAGCUGGUGAAGCAAAUUCCUUGACUUCAGUAACUUAUGGACUGGAUGGAUGACGUUAGUUUCAAGACAUCAACAUUGUAUAAAGUCCUCGUCGCCCUUCCCCCCUCGCCCCCAGACUAACCUGUAUGUGUUUUUUAAAGCAUUGCUCUAUAAACAGAUACGAGUAACUGAACCGUACUCAGUUGCUACUAUUCCUUCUGAGGAAAUGUUUACAAAGGUUUGCCUUUUAACAACAUAUCUCAGGCUAAUUUUUUUCCACGCAGUUGCCAUCUGUAAGAAAUAUUGUCUCUUCGAUCUGAGUGUUUGGGAACGUUCUGUAGCAAGCGGGGCUGUGUCAUAACCAUAUAUUGUUUGGAGGGUGGUGGUGGUUGUUCCCUGACUUCUGAUGCCACUGUCCUGGUGAUAAGGAGGUGCGUGGCCUGCAUCGAAUCCAUGCCGCCAUCUCAACCAUCAAAGUUAGCCAACUUAAGGACUUCUGAAAAACUUAUUUAUUUUCCUUUUUUAUUAUGAAAAUGAGCCAAGGCCCUUCUUGAGGAUGUUUUUGCACAAAGUCAGCUUGACUAAAAUCAAUUAACAAUGCAAUAGGAUUCUUUUCUUUUUAAAUCCAAGAAGUGAUCUAGUUCUUCAGUCUGGAAUUUCUUCUUUUGCACUUUCACUGAAACUCCCUUUUUUUUCCCCGCUGUUGCUGGCAGCGUCCUUGUAGGCUUAGGAAUGGCUCCCUUUUCUGCUGGGUUCCUCUUCAUCUAAGGGAAGCUGGAACUAGUAUUCACGCAGCAUCUCCCAUGCUUGAAAUGUGAUCCUCUUUCCGCUGGCGAAUGUAACUCUAGCCUGUUAAUAAAUGGCUCAGCAAGAGCGCUUUCAAGCAGGGGACAAAGGAUAAAUGUUACGUUAAAUGCAAGAAGAACUUUGGAAGAGAUGGUUACAAAUAGGUAAAUCUACCAGACCCAUCUUUUGAAUGUGGGUUUUCUCUCGAGAGAUGAGGAAUUGUUUUGGGGCAUGGACUUCACCCGCUCCUCCCUUCAUUCCUGCUGUCCCGCUGCCCCUGCUGCAGCAGUUCAUCGCAGGGAGAACAGUGAUGCCUUCGGGGGUUUGAACAAAAUGUCACUUUGCCCACUUCUUUUCACUGGGAUGAAUAGCAGGGAGGUAAAGGCUGAGCCCUAACUCUGCUUCUGGUCUUUUCCCCAGGGGCAUUCCCAAAGGGAAAAUUGCUUCUGCUUAUGGUAGCUACGACUUGGAAAGUUGGCCAGUAAGUAAGCUUGCUUUAGGCCUUUCCGCUUUUACACAGUUCUUUUGAUAAUUAUACUCCUGUCACAUGCUGUGUUUUGCAGCAGUCUGCGGAGUGGCAUGCCAGCACCUUUCACCCUCAGUGCAAAACAGUUGUUAAACACUCAUAACUUGUACUCAUCUUAUUCUAGAAGGCUGCUAGUUAAUUCCUUUGCUAAAUGUCCCCCUUCCCUUUUGUUUCUAUGAAACAACCCUUUCUCUAGAAUCACCUCGUAUAGCUGCAGAAGUAAAAUAAUAAAAAUUGGACCUUUCCAAGAGGAAACCCUUGGAAAGGUUUUUUUUUGGAAAAAAUAAUGCAAUAGUUUGUUUGUUUAAGUGGAGUUGAGGAGGUUGAAAGUCAAGCCAUCCUUGAAGUUUACAAAUUUGAUGUGAAAUGAAGAGGGAUUGCAGAGUUUAUUGUCGAGAUAUAACCUUGCAAAACUUCAAGUCUGAGAGUCGACUGCCAGAGCGGAACUCUGAAAAUUUUACCUCUUCUGCCAACAGUUUUUUUUGUUGCUGUGUCUUAAGAGUAAAAAUAGCCUGCCCUUGUGUUUAUUUUACAAAAUAUUCUGGCAUCUACUUGGAAACGAGGCAGCAAAAAAAAAAUCUUGUCUGUUCAUACAGCAAACACAGAAACAAAACACAAAGAACUCUUCCCCCCAAAAAACGUUUUCUGCCAAGGAAAAUCGCGUAGGCAUCCAACCAUUGCCUUUGUGGAUGCGUGAUUCGGGCUGGCCACUCGGGUUCUUAUUGGCACAAAGUGAACAGAUGGAACAAAUUCUAGCUCCUUCUGCUUCUGUUUCUCAUGGUCACUUGGUGUGGUUGUGUUCAUUGGCUCAUCAUUUAAAGCUUUGGAGCCCAAAGCUCCCAGGUUUCUCUUUGAAAUAAAAUAAGUUGCAAAGAUGUGUUGGGGCUUCACUGUUAAAUAAACAUUAGUAGAAGAUUUUUUUUUAAAAGCACAGUUUUCGGGUGAAGAGCAGAAUGAGCCAGCCCCAGUGGAAUUGCAGGUAGAUGUGGAAAGUAGCAUCCCUCGCCAGCUUCACAGAGAUGCUAAUUGGAACCCAGCUGUUCUCCAUCGACCAGCCAGAUGGGUGACUUGGGUGUGGGAGUUCAUUGUUCAUUUCUCAAAAUGGAGAGCCCUCUCGACUGUGUGGUUGCCGCUUAUUUCCGGUGUACUUGGUGAAACUGAUGGCUGUUUGGAGAUUUCAUCCUGAGUCCCAAACUCCCAGAAUCUCAGGCUGUGGCCCUGAUCUUUUAAAACUGCCGGUGUUGUGUGACUGAUGUGUUUUGUGCCGAGUAAAAGGUGCUGUGUGAGGAGAUCCUUUGGACAAGUGGCUUUUGUCUCUUAGUGCUGUGGUUCUGUCUUGGUCAGAUUCUGAAAAACGUGUGUAAAUGUCCUGUCUGCUCCAAGGUCCUUCAGAGAUCCCAAAGGCCUUUAACAAAUCUAGAGUAACAAACCUUCCACCUUUCUCUGGAGGAGCUGAUUUUGCUGGAAAGACCAUUUCUGCACCUGAAUCCUACAGACAGUUACUUGGAAAUAAGCUCCAUAGUAAUUACAUGCCAAGGAGAAAGCCUAGUAAAAGAUUCAGAAUCAAUCAAAGGCCAAAGUAACAAGGGUAAAGUAACUACAUUUACUUAAGCAUAGUAUAUUUCUGGUUGCCUGUCUUUCUGGUCCUAAUUUCUUGGGGCAGGUCAGGUAGCCAGAGAGAUGCCAUAUUCAACUCAAAACGUUUCAGCCAAAUGUACUUACGACUUUUGUCUCAAAGACUCGAGGUGGAGAAUUCUUCCUGGGGCUGAACAGGUCUCAGGUGUGCUUAACCCAGCACCUUUCAGAAUAGCAUCGCAAGAGUGUUCCAGAGCUUCUCAUGUUUUGCAGAUCUACCAUUGGUAACAUGCUGGUUCGUUGUGAAUACUGUACACAUUCAGCUGAAAAAUGGGGCAUGCUAUAGUCUUGAGUAUAUAUAUUAGCAGGUACAGCCUUCACCGGAUUUAGGCUUCUUGACCCUGGUCUUUGGUAUGGUGGGUGUAGUAGGUACAUGCCUAAAAUGUAACAUUGUGAAGGAUCCCUGUACCCUUCUGAUUAGGUAGGGUCCAAAGAUGUGGGCUAGAAAUUGGAUCAGUAGACCUUGGCUAGUCUCUGGAUGCCCAAGUUUGCGUCCUGUGGGGGAAUGAAAAGCCCCAAAGUCUGUGGCUUCCCCAUCUGCUACUCCCUUGAUUGGCAAAGACUGAAAAAAAUUGCUUUUUAUUUUGUCUCUUACUGUAAACUCUCUCUAGAAAAGAAACACAAAGGUCUUUUAUCUGAAAGAUCUUUAUUGAACUCAAAUGGAAGAACUUGUGUUAGUAUUGCUAACAAACGUUUUAAACAGAUAUUGGGAGACUUCAUUCAAUUUUAGGGAUUCUUACUUUUAAAAAAAUCAGCCUUUUAAAAAGCCCCCAAAUCUGUGGGCUCUGAUGAAACUUCCUGUUUGGAUACAUCCUGGUUUGAUUGGCAAGAGGGCAUUCUGCGGGGGAGGCGUCAUAUAAGGUUUCCACCGUGGCCAGUCUUCAGUUCAACCAUCUGCCUGGACAUUGGAUUUAGGACCGUCACAGUGGAAAUGUCUGUUUGCUGUGCUGUUUGAAAUUGUUUGAUUUGAUGGCACACGUGGCAUUCAUCACUUAUCAGUAGGGCAGUCAAACAUUGCGAAGUGCGUUGUUUCUUUUUAAAGCAAGACCUCUUUUUUUCAGAUCUGGAAGCAAAUGCCUAGGCUAGUUCAUAUAACUAUAGUGCAAAUAAGCAAAGUACACCCUGUUUAUUUUUUGAUAGAGGGUUGGAGCCAGUGCCUUGUAUACCCACCAGUAGAAAGUUCCUCUGCUAGCAGAAUAGAUCAGUGCUCUCCAACCCCGCUGUUAAACAGUUCUUCAUAAAUGAUAAAGGAAAGUGGAUGGCGAUGUCUUCUGAAUUCAAAAGACCAGGUCCACAUUUACUCUCUCCUGCAAGUACAGUGGCUGUUGAAGGAUCCUACUUCACACAGAAGUUCUGUGUUUGUGGCUACCGCAAUUUGUACGUCCUUGAUGGUGGCAGAUGGGAAGUCUGUCAAUGCUGCCCUCGUGCAAUCCAACACACUUUUAAGGCAUUUGCCGCUGGUCUCUAUUUUCAGGUGUUGACUUUGAGUCCCUAUGAUUUCUGAGAGAACAGGGCUAUAUGUGUGUGCCGUUUGCCAGGAGCGUGGGAAAAGUACUCUGUGGGUUAUGGGUGUACUGAAUUCAUCUACCCAGGAAUCUUGUCUUCCAUUCUUAAACCUUUAUGGUGCCAGGUAAUACUUGAAGGGGUGUGCCUGCCAAACUUUCAGAAACCAGACGUGUGUGUCAGUAAAACUUCUAGUGGGCUGGGGCUCCAGUGCCCUCCAGUAUCUCUUUAAAGCCUCUUGGCUAGUAUAAUCAGAAUAAAUUGUGCAAAAUACUAUCUGCAUAAUUGGUAUAGGCUGCAGAGUUUUGACUUGGGUGUGGCAUUGUGAAUUGACGCAGCCUCUAGUAGGACCAAAUGUAGCAAUCGUGCCUGCUGUAGGGGUUUGUGGAUAGCACUGUCAAUUUCAUUCACCCUUUACUGGAUUGGGGAAAAAUUUGGCUGUGAUCACGAAGACUGGAGGACAUGCCUCGUUUCUUGCUGUUGUCUUUUCAUGUUCCUUGUGCUCUGUGGCUCCUGGAAGAUGGAGAAAAGAAAUCAUGUGUCUAAAUGAACAUGUCCGUAUGCCCGUGACUAAGUUGACUGUGUUUGUAAACUGUUGAUCACUGGGUGGUUUUGUUUUUCUUGGCAUACCAGUCAAAGAAUUACUGGUAAAAGGUUUAAAAAGAUCUGUCUGUUACGAUGCAGUUUUCAACUAUUGUAUUUCUUGGUGACAUUUAGUUUGCAAUAUCUGCAAAACUUCCAGCAGACUGGGGGUGGGGGGCUGCCGAUUUUCCAUUUGCAGUUCCCACAACUGAUGUAUACAGUGAAAAUUUUACCGUUCUUAUGCCUAGUUAUUUCUGUAGGCCCUAAGUACUAAUUUUAACUUUUAUUUUUUUUAAAAAAAAAUCCUUCUUGUAUUAGUUGCUUUCAUAGCUAGCCUUGUGUUCUUGAUGCCUGUUGGGCUAUAGAAGAACAUGCAAAGUCCCAAUAUGCCUUUUCAUUAUCUGUUACCUGGAGCUGGGGAGUUGUUGGACCCCCCCCCCCCCCGGCUAAAAGAGGAUUUUAGAUUCUUUCAACCAGUGUGGUGGAAUUUUGCAUACAGCCAAUGUAACAGAGUUAGAUCUUACUGUGCUUUGACUUAAUGUCUGACCUAUAGUACUUGUGACAGGUUAAAAUUCAAUAAACACUUUUUUAAAACACUUGAA